AUGAAGGUACAGCAAGAAGUUAAGACGAGGGAAUUGUAUGCUGAAUCCGUGGUCAUUUUGAGGACUGUAAAGCGCGGGGCGUGCAGUACUGUACGCUUGAAACAGUUUACUGCACAGUAUGUACUGUCGCGCGGAUAAAAUGAGGUAAUUUUUUGAGGGGUGGCUCUCGAGAAGACCUGGUGCUCGAAA